GCUGUAAUCAAGCCAAGUGAUCUGUCAACGAAUGAUAAUGAUAAUACAAAGUCGGCACCAGCUGUAGGGCAAAACAAAAGGUGCUCCAGACUAUGGAGCCACUGAAGGAACAGCAAGUAAACGGAUCAAGUCAAAAAGCUCUCUUCUCUCCAUCAAAAUCAUUGACUUGUAUAUGCAGAGUAAAACUAUCGCCUAAAAUUCUAUGAUCUCGAGGAACAUAUUUUCUGCAAACAGUACCUCUGAACUAUUGUCAGUAGCAAAGUUCCAAAAUGGAAAUUUGGCAGAUGAAUAAAAUAUUUAUUUGUAGCCUUGUAGGUAAUUUCGAUGCAAACAUAAUCUUUGGCUGACUUUCAGUGCAGUACUGGUACCGAUGUAAACAUACUCUUUUGUCAUUCUCGAACGAUAGCAAUAGACAGGUCCAUGAUAUCGGCCAACACUUCCUGCUUCUUUUGACAUCAAGGCCGGUCAAGUCAAAUUUUGAAGAUAGCACACAGGCCGAGGACUAGACAAAUUUUGAAGUGGCUUGCCAUCUCCCACAUGUUCAAUACUUUGAUUACUUAAAGGGCAAACGUCUCCAAAUAUGCACAUUGGAAAAUCAUUCCUCCCAACCAUAGCCUGCAAGAACACUCCCCAUAGUGUCACUAGAGAACUCAUGAAGCUAAUAUGCAACAGCAAAGCCAGUAGGUUAGCCAUACCAAUACUUGGUUUUGCCCUAGUGUUAAUUCUCUCAUUGGCCUCUCCUACCACCUCAUGCACCGAGCAGGAGAAGAGCUCCUUGCUCCAGUUCGUCGCUGAGCUCUCCGACCACGGUGGCCUCACUAGUUCGUGGAAGAAUGACACAGAUUGUUGCAAAUGGGAGGGGGUAGCCUGCAGUUCCAACCGGACGGUGACUGAUGUUUCCCUGGCUGCCAGAGGUCUUCAGGGGCACAUCUCACCGUCCCUUGGCAACCUCACCGGCCUUCUGCGCUUGAACUUGUCCAACAACAUGCUCUCUGGAGGCUUACCGGAAGAGCUGGUGUACUCGAACAGCAUCAUUGUCCUCGAUGUCAGCUUCAACCAACUCAAUGGAGGUUUGCAGGAGCUGCAAUCUUCAACCCUCAGACCUCUGCAGGUGCUGAACAUCUCAAGCAACUUCUUUACUGGAAGGUUUCCUUCCACCACAUGGGAAGUGAUGAAAAGUCUGGUUGCACUCAAUGCCAGCAAUAACAGCUUUACUGGUCAGAUACCAACCAUGUACUGUGUCAGUGCACCAUCCUUUGCUUUGCUUGAUCUCAGCUAUAACCAAUUCAGUGGAAAUGUCCCUCCAGGACUCCGUAAUUGCUCCAUGCUGACAUCUCUCAGUGCUGGGAGCAACAACCUCAGUGGGAAUCUUCCUGAUGAACUCUUCAACCUCAUCUUGUUGGAGCACCUCUCUUUUCCUAACAAUCAGUUAGAAGGAUCGCUCAGCGGCAUCAGCAAGCUUAAAAAUCUGGUCACCCUUGAUCUUGGAGGGAAUAAUCUCAAUGGAAAUGUACCAGACUCCAUUGGUGAACUCAAGAGAUUAGAGGAGCUCCAUUUGGACCACAAUAACAUAUCUGGGGAGCUUCCAUCCACUCUAAGCAACUGCACAAAUCUCAUGAUUAUCGACCUCAAGAGUAACAGUUUCUGUGGAGAACUCAGCAAUGUCAAUUUCUCCAACUUACCCAAUUUAAAAAUCUUAGAUCUUUUGCGGAACAACUUCAAUGGACCAAUUCCAGAAAGCAUCUAUUCAUGCUCCAAUCUAACAGCACUGCGGCUAUCUUCGAAUAUGCUCCAUGGCCAGUUGUCAGAAAGUAUUGGCAAUCUGAAGUCCCUCACAUUCCUAUCACUUGUUAACAGCUCCAUUUCAAAUAUCACAGGGGCACUUCAAAUCCUAGGGAGUUGCAGAAAUCUGACCACCUUGUUUAUUGGGCACAACUUCUUUAACGAGGCCAUGCCAGAGGAUGAUACUAUUGAUGGUUUUGAGAAUCUUCAGGUUCUUGCUUUGAAUCAUUGUUCAUUAUCUGGAAACAUACCUUUUUGGUUAUCAAAGCUCAGAAAUUUGGAAGUGUUACUUUUGUAUGGAAAUCAACUGACUGGAUCAGUACCAGACUGGAUCAACAGCCUAAACUUCCUAUUCCAUGUAAACCUAUCAAACAACAGUCUUAUAGGGGAAAUUCCGACAGCCUUAGUGGACAUGCCGAUGCUAAAAGCAGAUAAGAUUGCAUCAAAAGCCUUUGAGCUUCCUGUUUAUAAGAGUCAAUCACGACAAUUCCGUAUGCCUAUUUCUUUCUCUACGACACUGAAUUUAGGCAUGAAUAACUUCAGUGGUGUGAUCCCCGAAGAGAUUGGUCAGUUGAAAGCGCUCCUUUCACUCUUUUUGGGCUACAACAAAUUAACUGGACCAAUCCCACAAUCGAUCUGCAACCUCACAAACCUCGAGGCGCUGGACUUGUCUAGCAACCAUCUAACAGGAGCAAUCCCGACCGCACUAAACAAUCUGCAUUUCCUUUCUAAGUUCAAUAUAUCCAACAACGACCUAGAAGGGCCUAUCCCGACAACCGGCCAGCUGAGCACAUUUCCAAGUUCUAGCUUUGAUGGGAAUCCAAAGUUGUGUGGUCCUAUGCUUGCCCACCACUGUGAUCUGGCAGAAGCAAUUUUCUCCGCAAAACAUAAAGGCGACAAGGUCGAAAAGGUCAUCUUUGCGAUUGCCUUCGGUGCGUUCUUUUGUGUAGGAGUGCUGUACGACCAGAUAGUAUUAUCAAAGUUUUUUGGCUAGUGCUAAUUCAGUUUACACAUCAGUAUGUGAUGAUUUUGGCUUCAAAUUUUGCCUCCACUAGUUGUGAAACCAUAUCUAGCUCAUAUUCAGAGUUACCAAAAAAAAAGUAACUGGAAGACUGAAGGUGACCCCUUUGGUAAUGUUAAAGUGUGUAACCAUGUGCCGUUUAAGUUGAACUGAAACAAUCUAAAUACUUAUUAAUUCGGUACAUGAACGGUGAAUCUUGUUGCCUUGAUGGGAUCCUGUGUAACUUUAAUCUUGUGAUUCAAUUUACUACAGGAAAAUAAUAUACUUAAAAAUGCUAAAUUGGAUAAUAUAAUCAUUCGGGCAAACUAGGUGAAAAUGUUUGGCUGUGGUGGAGUUUGAGUGGUACAGCCACGUUAAUGUCCCAAUUCAACCGGCUGGAGGUUGUUAUUGAGUUGAGUGUUGCGGCCGUCGUGUUGAUAAAUCCCAUCCAACCGGUCAACAGCACAGCAAUAAAAAUCUUGGCCAACAAGACAAACUUACGUUUGGCCAGAAAAAUUGGCACGAAAGCAGGUAUGCUAGCGCCCAGGGAGAGAAAACAGCUGAACUUUUCUGGAUCAGGUAGUUCAUCACAACAUCCCACAGAGUUUCCGCAUCCACAAUUUAACAUCACC